AUGCCGCGGUUGCCUCGCCACUUGCGGGCAGCUUUGCUGAAGUUGAAGCAGAGCAUUUCGGCGACCUUUAGCGGGUCAUCGGACCCAGAGGCCUUUGACUGCGUUCACAUAGUGGACCACCUCCGGUGCAAGUUCUCAGAACCUCGCCACUUGAAGGUUUGCUUCGAGCAGCUGUACCAGAGGGCACGAGCAGUUGAGCCUGCCUGGGUCCACCCGCAAGUGGCGCAGUGCGUCCCUGAGGCGCCGGGGCCGCAGCAGGAGGCCGGUGAGGGAUGGCUGUUCAUUUGGCAGCUCGCUCAUGAGGAUGGCUGCUCCUUGAAAGGGCGGUCCAACAUGGUCAAUAUCCUGGAGACGGCCUUCUCCAUUUUGGAGAACACCUUCAACAGUGUCCAGAACCCAUUGGAUCUUCUGUUUUCGGUUCCGCCGGGAACCCCCAUUGGCGACUUCUCUGUCAAUUUCAGCGUAGGGCUCGGAAGGUCAUUGGCCAUCAAAAUGAUCCUUCUGGCCAUGGUGAACUUGAGCAACGAAGAGCUUCGGGCAGUGUUCCCUGUCCUCCGUUCGCUGUUCACUGUCAAGUUUACCUACAACCCUGCGCCCAACGAAGAGGUCCAGCCGGACCCCAUUCAGAUCUAUCACGUCUUGGCCGACAGCUUGGCCAAGGCUGGCCAGGAUGUGGCUGCUGGCUUGCCUAGGAAGAUCAAGGAGUACAACAGCCUGACAAGUGUGCAAAGUCAAUGCAUCUCCGAGCUGGAGGCUCGGGUCAUCUGCCUGUUGCCGCAGCAGACGGUCAAGUUUCGCGAGACGCUCGCGUACCACUGGCAGAACUACAAGAACGCGGAGUCAGGCGUCCCGAUGAAGCUGUUUGGCAAGUCUGGCAUUCUGGGCGCGGACGCCCCGGCGGAGGCAUCGGGGGUGUGGAAAGAAAUCCUCAAGCCGUCAGCGGAGAAGAACGAGUGCUUCCUGCUCCACAUUAUCCAUGUGUUUGUGAAAAGCCUCAAGGACGCCUUGCGCAUGAAGAAGAAGCCUGAGGCAUGCCUUUGGGUUCACUUCAGGCCAGAAAUGCAGAAGGAAAUGUCUGGCGACGAGUUUGAGCAGCUUGAGAGGACGUUUCUCCGGGGCAGCCUUGAGCGCGAGUUGGCAGACCGCGUGAAAGCCAUGAACCCAACCCUCAAGCUUGGGGACUUCCGGUUCCUUUACCUGCACUUGGGCAAGGAUGCUCCUGCUGGAAAGGAGCCUAUCGAGCUGGAAGCGGCGCAGGAAGCAGCCGAGUUUGAGCAGGCAUCCUUGCGCCUGUUCAAGGCAAAGUUGGACAAGGAUGUCUCUCUGUGGACCAAGUAUUGCACUUCGCUGGCAGACUUCACUUCUAUGCAGAAGGCACCAAGACCGGAUGAUAUCGUCGAGAAGCAAGCCGAUGCCCAGUUCCCUAUCAGGUGCUUGGGGCUAAGUGACAAUGUGGCGCCGUUUGUCAGCAGCUGCGCAUCGACUUGGGCAGAGAAGCAAAUCAUCCCUGCUUGUUCACUGUUCACUGUCUACAUUGCGAACUUGACAUCCCUUGGCUCUGCAGCGUCUCGAGGGAUGAAGGAAGUUGCGCGGUUGAUUUCCGACGCGUGCGCCCACAACGCUCAGAGGACCAUGGCCAUCAUCAUUAGCCCCAAUGUGGCAGGGCAUGGCCACACCUAUGAAGAGCAGGAGACCGUGCAGGUGCAGGACGAGGUAGAGAACAUCCUGAGGAAGGAGGAGUACAACCUCAAGACAAGGCGCGGGCAGAUCGUCUUUUCGAACGAAAGCAUCAACUCUCGCACACGGCCGUCCGUCCACCCCAUGAUCAUGUGCAUGAGCAAUCAGACGAAGGAUGACGGCGAGCUGGCUUGCUUGUUUGGCAGCAGCCAGUUGUGGCACAGAAGAGCCGUGCCACUCGUCAAGAUGAAGCCCAACAGUGAGUAUGUCCUCCCCAUGCAAGGCCAGACAGUUGUUGCUGCAGAGAAUCUGUCCAAGGCUCAGAUGCACAAGCAGCACAUCUCUGGCGUGGACUUGAUGGACAAGUUGAAGGAAUGGCUGUGGAAAGGCAUGAACAUGAGUCAGCAGUUUGGCGCAGUCUACGUUGAUUUGUUGCCUUACGACGACUCCCUUCUUCUGUCCACUGUCCAAGGUUUGGCGCGCGCAAGGCCGAAGGAGCCACAGGAGAUGGUUGUGACCUGUUGCUGGGCCCGUGGCGACCAGGAUGGCGACGUCCGCAAGAAGAAUGCUGAAUGGCUGACCGCUGCAGUUGGGAGGGCCAUGGACAGGCUUAUCAGGCAGAAGCUCCUGUCUCUCCCAAAUGUUGUGGUCAAGGAGUACACGCCUGAAGGCACUACGCCCACCAACGACUCGAGCUUGUACAGUCUGACCUUCCCCACGGCAGACGGGAACUUGGCAAUGCGCCAGAAUGCGUUGGACGAGUGGGGCCCCAAAUUUGCCCGCCUGAAGUCUGACUAUGAGGAAGCGAUUGCAAGCCACAACAAACUCUUCAAUUCCUCAGGCUGCCCUUACAAAGCUGACGGGCGCAAGAGAGCUGGAGAGGCCAUUGGAGACGACGUGGAGGAAGGUGAGCCCUUCCUGGACGAUUGCGUUGUGGAGUCCCUGGAAGAAUUGCGCAAGGCGCAUGGCAACCUGUCCACUGUCCACAGCAGCCAACCAGAGCUUUUCAAUCUGAUUUUUACUUCCAAGGGGCACCUUUUCCUCCAUGCUCUCGAGGACGGCGUGGCCUCUGCAAAGGUCCCUUUGUUUCAGACCUUCGGAGAAUUCCACACCGGGGACGCAGACAUUGCCAAGGUGCAAAAGCGCAAAGGGCACUUGUGCCAUUGGAAGAUGGAUGCGGCGGACUUCGAGGCGAUUUGGUCCCAUCCUGCAGGCUGGGACCCGGCGUUCCAGAGGCGCCCUGCCACUUUUCAGAAGUUUGCGGACUACCUCGCAGACCACAACGUCGUCACCUUCUCCGUGGCAUGCCAUGAAGUCAGCCUAGAAGGCUCGGACGGGAUCAAGGUCAAGAGCGUGGAAGAUUGCGCAUUUGAGGCCAAGAAGUUGCCUGCCCGCGCCGUUGCCGACUUGACCAACUGCGGCAGCUUGUUGACCUUUGCUGUUGUGGAUUGGGAGAAGGGCCAGACAACCAACGGAGCAUUAAAGCUCGUGAUGAGCUUCAGCUAUGAGGACUCAAGCCAGCAAAAGGGCGUUUUCCCGGCAAAGCCUUGCUGGAUGCUGGCGAAGCCGAACUCAAGGACAAGUGCUUUUUGGUGUGUGGCCCAGGCAAGCCCUAGUCCACUGCGCACUGUCCUCAGUCCAUGA